AUGCUCCGUCGCAUCAAGGAGAGGGCACGAGCUGACUUUCAUCGCCAGCGAUUACCGCCCGGAUCGAGUUCCACAACUGAAGAUGGUGUGGGCGUGAGCCGUAGUAAAGUGCCGGCUGAAUUUUUUGAGGAGGUGCAGCAGCAGGAGGCUUCGAAUGAUGCACUGCGUCGCCAGCUAGAGCUCCUACGGCGCUUGCAGCUGGAGAACAACCGCUUUCGACAGGAAUCGAGAGCAUUACGCGAACGAAAUGAAGCGCUGAAAGAGCGUGAUGAGCUUAGAGAGCGUGAAGUAAAGCGCUUGCGCGAUGAGGUGAGCGAGAUGGACGCCCGAGCACAGCAAGAUCAAAUGGGCUUGGCAACAGCAGCGCAAACGGCUCACAAGCUGAAAGUGACUCAGAAGAGGCUAACUGCAGCUCAAUCCGAGAUCCGGGAGUACCAGACCGCAUUGCAGGAAGCACGCGAUGCGCGCGACCAACUCCAAGUGAGUUCGCAGUCAGAGAUUUCCGAGUUGAUUCUGGAGGUGAAGCGAUGGAAGCGCAACACGAAGCAACUUCGUCAGCAAGAAAAUCGCACUGUGGAGGAGCUCGAGUUCUAUAAGAAAACUGUUGCAGCCCUAGAGGAAGAGGUGGCUGAGCGCCGCUCUCAGCUCAAGGAUGCCAAGCGUGAGAUUGCCGACUUGACUGCGAUGAUAAAGGAGAAGACCGCGCAGUGCGAGUCUGUCGAGGCGUCCGCUGCAGAUUGCGUGAAGAGAAUGGAGGAAGGCAUGGAAGGCCUACAGAAGACGCACUCCCAGGAGCGUGAGAAGCGCAAAAAAGUGGAGAACGUUCGCAGCACGAUGCAAAUGCAGUUGGACCGGAUGCAAGCAGAGAACGGGUUGCUGCUGGAGAAGCAACGAGAGCUAGAGCACCAGUUGUCGGUCUUCAAAGAGCAUUGGAAGGAGCGCAAAUCAGCAUAUCAAGAUCAACUCCAGCGGUUUGGUUCGCAACUGGAGGAACACGUCGCCAAGCACAAAAGUGACGCUACUACCAUUGGCAACAUGCGCGAGGAGUACGAAAUCCUCGAGAGUCACCUAGGAGAAGUGGAGGCAGUGACUAAGGACCUCAAGUUUGAAGUCGCCGCAGAGCUACGUACGGCCCAGAAGCAAGUGGAAGCACUUCGUAAAUAUGCCGAGAGGGCUCUGCACAAUUCGUCCGACUCUGAUGACGCGGCACUGGAGACUGCAGUAGAUUGUGAGCGAUCGCGUCGAGAGGAAGUUUGGCAAGAGGUACCGGAGCUUCAGGUAGUUCAGGCUGCAAUAUCUGCACUGCGGAAUGAGAUGAUGAACGUCGUGCACGAGUUUCAACGGGCGCGUCACCUCGUCCGGCAACAGGGAAGCAAACUAGCGCUCGCUGUCGAACGAGCAACCGAGCUGGAACACUUGCGGGCGGAAGACGCGACCAAAAUGAAGGAGCUGCGGGAGCAGCGAAAACUGGCUGAGCAAGCACGCGAGAUCAUCAGCCAAGAGAAGACCGAGGUCUUGAAGUGGAGUGAGCAGGCGUGUGAGAAAAGCGAGGAGCUGGAAGCAGAGCUGAAGAAAUGCGGACAACUAGUGCUUCGGCUGAGAAAGGAGCUGCAUCAUGCGCUGAAGACAGAGGAGUCCUGGGAUGGACCGGACUCGGUGGAUGUUGAGCCGCUUGCGCGCUCGGUUGCUUCUUUGGGGAAGGAAGUCGAUGCUGUUGUGUCGAUGAGGGAUCACUGGCGACUUGAUAGUGAGAAGCAGUCUCGAGGGUUACAAGAGGCCCAAGAUGAUCUGCGCGCGAUCGAAAAGGAGCUCACCGCCAAGGAAGAGGAGUUCAAAGAGGCUCUGGAGGAGAUGGAGCGUGUCCACAACAAGAACGCACAGGAGCAAAAACUGCACUUUGAGCAACGCAUUGAAGACGUGGACAGUGAGCGUUCCACUUUAGAGACAAGGCUUCAAGAGGAAUCGGCUCGACUCGCUGAAGCUGAAGAGAACAACGCGAAGCUUCAGCACAUGGUGGACGGUUUUGAGCAAGAUCUGCCCGUGUUUGCAACGAUUCUGCAUCUUUUCGUGCUGGUUGUGCAGCCGCUGAUCCUCCAAGUCAGCGAGCUGCUUGCUCAGAGGCGUCUGCUGCUGCGUGAGAACGCCGAGUUUGCUCAAGCUCAUGAGCAGAUCGAGUGCAUCGGACAAGUGUUGAAAGAGAUGAUUCCAGCAGCAGCUCCGAACGAAGAGAAGGCCAAAGAGCGUCAGCGUCGACGGCUGUUCCGACGCGUGGUUAUCGCCGUCGCGUUCGGACUGUGUGCUCCACUCAAGGUGGUGAGAUCGAGGAAGAGGGCGAGCGCGUUGUCAUCCCAGCCUACGGUCAUUAAAGUGCUGCCACCCCAGCAGACUUUGUCUCGACUUUCGCUUCGGCCACUGCUCGAGCGUCUGAAGAAAAUGGAGAUCACUGAAAAGGUCGCGGAAGUGAUGGAGUCUGCCUCGGCAUCGUCGGGCUAUGUGCCGUCUUCAUUCGGCAGUUUGAUCCUCAAAGUCGUUAUGGCUAUCAAUCCGGCCGCGAAAGAGCUUUUACUGGCCAGCACCAACGGCACCUUCCAUUGCCAGGCACUGCUUGAGCGUCGUCGUCGACCAGUUAAGAUGAGGGUCGCUGCACGUGGCGACAUGACUGACUACGACACCGCUCCGUUAUCCGAAGAGGACAUUCCGACUGUCGCCUUGAUUCGCAAGCGCAUACUGGCACUCGGUAAACGCGUGGAAGACCUGCACUACCAACGCAACUCCUUGCAGAAAGAGAACUAUGAGUUCCAGUUCCAGUUGGACCAGCAAGCGAAUAGCCUGGAAGACAUGGAGGUGCUGCUGAAAAAGACGGAGGAGCUACAAGAUGAGAUGGCGACCCUGCGCAGUCAGAACGACCAGGAGAUGCAACGAACUCAACUGGAGCAGCAAGCGAAGGACCAAGAGAUCCAGUCAAGGGAGGACGAACUGGUGGAAGCCCAGGCAAAGAUUGAAACUCUUCAAGUCGAGGUGUCGGAUGCUGAAGGUCGAAUCGCUCGGAUGGAGGCCGAGAAGGCCUCACUACGGCUCGAACUUGAUCAGUUGAAGAGUAGCUCCAUUGAAGAGGAAGUGAAGGCUGACAAGGCGAAAGCCGCAGCGCGUCGACAGGAGGAGGAAGUUCGGAGCCUGAAGCAAGCGUCCAGGAGAAGGCAACGCUGCAGACGGUGGUGA